CCAAACACACUCAAAACAUUCCCAAACACACUCAAACAUACCUAAACACACCCCAAAAUACCUCAAAAAGCAUCUCAAAUAUAUCUUCAUAAAACACUUGAACACACACAUGGCUACCCAUCACUAAAACUCAGCCACCCAUCUCUUAAACACAAGGAUAUCCCAUUUAAAACACCCAUUCCUACACCUCCAUUCCUGCCCAUUCCAGCUCCAGUCAGCUUUUCCCCUAUUCCUGUGCCUUCCAGUCAGUUCUGCCUUAUUCCAGCACAAUUCCAGUCUCUGCUGUAUUCCUAUUAAAUUCCAGUCAGUUUUGGCCCAUUUCCACCCAUUCCUGUUAGAUUUUCCUGUAUUCCCAAUCCAUUCCAGUCUUGCUUCCCUUUAUUUCCAGUCUGCUUAGCCACAUUCCAGCCCCAUCUACCCCAAUUCCAGUACCCCCCAAUUUCUCCCCAUCUCAGCCCAUCACUGCUACACCCAACUUUAAAACACUGAUCCAAACACCCGUUUAACUGCCCUCCCCAACCCUCACACACCCCUCAACACAAACACACACACACACACACACACAAAGAUACCAAUAAACACACCAAAAAUAUUUUAAAACACACAAAAAACACUAGAUACACAUCUAAACACACCCAAGACAGCUUCAGGCACACUCAAAACACCCCAAAAUUUACCCAAAACACCGCAUAACUUACCCAGACACCCCCAGGACCCCCAAACACCCCACCAUGCCUCUCUCAAUCACCAGUCACCACCACCUCAGCCUCACCAUCAACAUGUACAGCAAGGAAGGCGCAGGGGACUCGGGCCCUGACAGACACCACACUGGGGACUACCUGGCACCCUUAGCUUCUGUAGAUCUGUCCUGUGUCAACACCCCUGGCGGAUCACCCUCCCAUGACCCGGCCAUCACCCCGCCCUUGAGGACCCCAAUUGGGAGCCCCCGGAGGACCAAGGGAUGUUGCUGAGGUCACACCUGAUUCCGGAAUCUUGACACCCCUUCAAGAUUCCGAGCCGUUUAACGAAGGGCCCACGACAGGUACUGCCUUGUGUUCCUGACCUUAGUUGUGCACGGAGUCUGAACACUGAUGCCUCGGAAUAUGUCAUCACUGCCAAGAACUUGCCAUUGGGAUCUUCCAGAACACAGUGUAUGGGACAGCUGCCCAUCUCCCAUUUAGCUACACGGUGGCGGUGGUGCUGGACUCGACACACUUCAGUCACAAGAUGAAUGCAGUCAGCUACAGCAUGACAUAGACAAGCUAUAGACAGUUGAGAGAGGAAGAAGUCAGUGGCACCCUCACCUCAGACAAGACAAAGCUAACAAUUGAUAAUGAAAGCGGUGCCAGAGAAGCGAUGCCUUCACCCACGCUGUGUUCACCACGAUGGAGGAGUGCCCACACUUCCAGGACCUUACUGUUAAGAGGUUCCUGAAGACCCUACUUGAGCACAACCGCCGAGACAUUCUCUCCAAGCCGGAGAAGUUUGUGCGCCUGAAGCCAGGGAGUGAUGCUGCUAAGACCUUCACUGUCUAUCCAGAGGGAUCCGCAGGUGCUGGUGGUGGAAUCUUGCUUGGACAGUGUGCCUGUAACACACAGGCACAUUUCUCCAAAAGGUUGACGCUGUGCUGCCGGUACUGUCGCCUCAGCUUCUGCGUCAGAUUCAGAACAGAGACUUCAGCAGAGAGAGUGAGUGGGAGAAACGCUACAACUGCUUUGCCCACUCGAUGAUGCUAGACCAGCAUGUGGAGUACGGGAGCAAGAAUGGGUUCUGCCGUGCCGUUUGUCCUGCCAGAUUCCCGGAGGAGCGGUGCCUGAGAAGCGAUGCCUUCACCCACGCAGUUUUCACCACGAUGGAGGAGUGCCCACACUUCCAGGACCUUACUGUUAAGAGGUUCCUGAAGACCCUACUUGAGCACAACCGCCGAGACAUUCUCUCCAAGCCGGAGAAGUUUGUGCGCCUGAAGCCAGGGAGUGAUGCUGCUAAGACCUUCACUGUCUAUCCAGAGGGAUCCGCAGGUGCUGGUGGUGGAAUCUUGCUUGGACAGUGUGCCUGUAACACACAGGCACAUUUCUCCAAAAGGUUGACGCUGUGCUGCCGGUACUGUCGCCUCAGCUUCUGCGUCAGAUUCAGAACAGAGACUUCAGCAGAGAGAUUCAGAACAGAGACUUCAGCAGAGAGAGUGAGUGGGAGAAACGCUACAACCGCUUUGCCCACUCGAUGAUGCUAGACCAGCAUGUGGAGUACGGGAGCAAGAAUGGGUUCUGCCGUGCCGUUUGUCCUGCCAGAUUCCCGGAGGAGACACACUUCAGUCACAAGAUGAAUGCAGUCAGCUACAGCAUGACAUAGACAAGCUAUAGACAGUUGAGAGAGGAAGAAGUCAGUGGCACCCUCACCUCAGACAAGACAAAGCUAACAAUUGAUAAUGAAAGACCAGCAGCAGCAGCAGCAGCAGCAGCAGCAGCAGCAGCACACACAAGAGGUGUUUUCUGUAUGAUGAUGAUGAUGGAAAAAGCACAUCUCGAAAGGAUGUUAUAAGCAGGGCAACGUAAUGAAAUUCAGUGAAUGGACGUGUGUGCGUGGCUGCAAUCACUAUGAAAUUAAGUUGAAAAUAAGAAAUAUAUUACUUUACAGAAAGGAAUGCUUAGAGUGAAUGAAAUUACUGUAAUGAAUGAAUGGAAAUAAAGUUGUGAGUCAUUAAAUGAUUAGGAAAAGAAGCUGUGAAUAGGUGCAUUAUUGUUAUUACUGAAAGGAAGAAUAUUUGUAGGAUAUGUCAUGUAUAUUAUCAAAGUGUUUUCAUUCUUACUUUCUUCUUUCUCUUUCAUCUUUU